AGACGCUGCGCCGCGCAUGCCCCUUCCUUUCUAGCUCCGGCCCCGUACGCAGUAGCCGCCGCGGUGAGUUCCUCUGGAGUCUGGGUUCCAUCGGCCCCCAUCCUGGCCCUCUGGCUGCUGUAGUCGCUGUGCUUCCCCAGGCGUGGGGCGGAGGAGGCCCUCUCCCGCUCCCCGCACGGCCAUUUCCGAGUAGUGAGAGCGGCCAGGGGCGCAUUUCGCAGGGCAGUGGGAUUCUGGCUUGCGAAGAUUGGCAUCCCAUGGCGGGGGCGGAGGAAGGGAGGAUCCGGCUUGGGAGGCUGUCGCUCCUGCGCGCUUUUCCUUCGGGGCAGAACUCCGCACUCCGUGCUGCGUCCUUACCCGGCCCUGGAGCUCUAGCUCGGGAAGAGAACGAUGCUGAUGCCCAAGAAGAACCGGAUUGCCAUUUAUGAACUCCUUUUCAAGGAGGGAGUGAUGGUGGCCAAAAAAGACGUGCACAUGCCGAAGCACCCCGAGCUGGCGGACAAGAAUGUGCCUAAUCUUCACGUCAUGAAGGCCAUGCAGUCACUCAAGUCACGAGGCUUCGUGAAGGAACAGUUUGCUUGGAGACAUUUCUAUUGGUACCUUACCAACGAGGGUAUCCAGUAUCUCCGUGAUUACCUCCACCUCCCCCCUGAGAUUGUGCCUGCUACCCUGCGCCGCAGCCGUCCUGAGACUGGCAGGCCACGGCCCAAAGGUCUGGAGGGAGAGCGACCUGCACGAUUCACACGAGGGGAAGCUGACAGAGACACCUACAGACGAAGCGCUGUGCCCCCUGGUGCUGACAAGAAAGCCGAGGCCGGAGCUGGGUCAGCAACAGAGUUCCAAUUUAGAGGCGGCUUUGGUCGUGGACGUGGUCAGCCUCCUCAGUAAAGUUGGAAGAGAUUGUUUUGUGUUGAAUAAACCUGUAGCCAGAGAAGACCGUUAUCUCUUGUGCCCUGUUUUGUUUGCAUUGUGUAUCCUGAACAGUAAUGGUUUAAAGAUCAGAAUGUUAAUGGGAUAAGACUGGAUUGGUUCAGGGAGUUGUCCUUAGGCAGGGUGACAUCACUUGUUGCUCUCAGAGCUGCAUUACAUGACUUUACCUGGGCCCUCUUUGUUCCAGCACAUGGCUAGAGUCAGCUCUAGGGCGGUUACGCUUCUGGGAGGUGGUUGGAAAGCUGGGCGUCUUCACCACACUAACCAUGCAGGCUCACGCAGCUCUGCGUGGUGGGAAAGAAAAUUGCUGUAUGGUGGUCCUGGAAUUACUGAUCUUCAAAGCUCAGGGUUUACAAGAAUCGGGAGAAAACAAUGCACAAAAACAUAAGGGCUGCCCAGCCAUCCCCUGGGUUUUUCAUCUUUGUAAUCAAAUAAACACAGGACAAUUGGAGUUUAGCCUCCUUGAAAACAGAAAA